AUGUCGUCCCCUGCAGUGAGCAAAGCACCCCCCAAGCUCGGUUCAAAGGCCGGAACCCCCUCCAAACUCCGCAAGGGUUCCGGUUCGAGCGUCGCCUCCAAACCCAGUGUGACUGAAUCCCCCAAGCCCGCGAAGAAAACACCCUCCCGCAAGCUCGCUCCCAAAUCGCCCAAGCCUAUCCCAGACGACGAACAAUCGAUCCCCGAGACCCCGUCACCCAAAUCGAAGAAGAAGGCCCCUUCAUCUGAGCAACGUCGCCCUAUCUCCCCGCCCGAUGAUGCUGCGUCCCAGGCUUCUGGUUCUGCAGCCCCUCUUGGUGGAGCCGCAUCUGGGUUGACUGGCAAGGCUAAGGGCCUUGCGGGACAGGCAAAGGAUACUGUGAAUGAUGGAGUCAAGACUGCCACCGAUGCUGCUCCACUCGACCUCUCUGCAUUAAAGGGUCUUUUCGUCUCGGAUGGUGGAAAGAUUCUGGGUGAGAAUGGGAACCCAUUGGGGGAAGUGGUGGAAGGUGAUCCCGAGGAUCUGGUCGGUCAGGCUGUCGGUGAUGAUGGCGAAAUCGUCGAUGAAGAUGGCGAUUUGAUUGGUCGCGUGGAUGUCCUCCACGAUGCUGUUGACCAGGCUCAGGAUAUUCCCGACGAAGCUCAGUCCAAGCUCGGUGAGGCCCAGGAUGUUGUCACUGACCUCGCGGAGCUGGAGGGUCUACCUGUCUCUGAUGGCGGGGUGAUCAAGAACGCUGCUGGUCAGGUCUUGGGCAAGAUUGUUGAGGGCGAUCCCGAGGAUCUCAUUGGAUACACUCUCAAUGAUUCUGGUGAGAUCGUCGACGAUGAUGGUGAUGCGAUCGGCCGAGUGGAGCUUCUCCCAGUUGAGGAGCAACAGAAGGCCAUGGAGGACGUUGUCGGUGACACUACUGAGACUGUCGGUGACGCUGCUAAUAACGUCGACGGUGGCAAAGCUGAUGUCGAUGAUGAGUUCGAGGACGCCCAGGACGGCCUCCCUGUCGAUGACGAAACAGAUGCCGGGGACAACGUCGCCGAUAAGACCGAGGGUGCUCUGGAUGAUGCACCCGACGCUGAAGGUGCGACCAAUGAUAUCGCCGACGACGCUCAAGAUGCGGUGCCUGAAGAAGCCGACCAAGCCAAAUCCGCCGUUGAAGGAGCUGCUCCUGAUGUUGAUGAUGCCGAGGAAGUUGCUAAGGAUGCUGCCGACGAUGUCAAGGACACAGCCGACGAAAAUGUCGACGGAGUCCCGGACGACGUGGAAGGCAUUGCUGAAGACGUUCACGAGGCCGCAGAAGACGCUGUCGACGAAGCUACUCAGCGCAUUCCUGGCCUCGAUACCCUGGAAGGCUUGAAGUGCAACAAGCGAGGAUUCGUCAUUGACGAAGAGACUGGAAAGCCGGUCGGUGAAGUCAUCGAAGGCGACCCCAAGAAGUUGUCGCGACUCGGCGCUACCCUUGAUAAGGAAGGCCAAUUCUGGGACAACCGAGGAAAUGUCAUUGGUAAGGUCAAGGCACUCCCCGUCGAAGACGACAAGGACGAGGAGGGACCAUUCGCCGGCCUGGAAGGUCUCGUCGUUGGCCAAGAAGGCUUCGUCGAAGAUGAGAACCAGACUCGUGUCGGAAAGCUGGUUGAAGGCGACGCGAAGAAGCUCCUCGGUCGGGGCGUUGACGAAGAUGGCGAAAUUCUCGAUCGUCACGGCUCUGUCAUUGGUCGCGCUGAGCGAUGGGAGGAGCCCGAGCCUGAGCCUGAAGAGGAGGAGGCCGUACCUGACCUCUCCGCUCUCAAUGGAUUGAGUUGCAACAAGGCUGGAUAUGUCAUUGGCAGCGAGGGCUUCCCUAUUGCCCGAGUUGUGGAGGGUAACCCCAAGGAACUUGCCGGCAAGAAAAUUGAGGACGGCGAAAUCUACGACGGCAAGAAGGUCGUCGGUCGCGUUGAGCUCAUUCCUGAGGAGGAAUUGGAGAACAAGCCCGAAGGUCCAUUUGCUGGCCUGGAGAGCCUGGUCGUUACGAAGGAUGGCUUCGUUGAGGAUGAGGAAGGCUCCAUUGUCGGAAAGCUCAUCGAGGGUGACGCGAAGAAACUUCGCGGUCGCGCUGUUGAUGAGGACGGUGAGAUCACCGACAAGUAUGGCAAUGUCAAGGGCCGUGCCGAGCCUUACGAGGUUCCUGAGGAGGAGGAAGAGGUCCCCGAGGAAGAGGAUCUGUCGUUGCUCGAAGGCAAGGUUGUCAAUAAGAUGGGCAAUGUCGUGGACCCAGCUACCGGUGCUGUCGUCGGACGCAUUGUGGAAGGUGAUAAGCGCCUUGCCGGUCGCAAGGUCGACGGCAAGGGCCAGAUCUGGGGUGAUAACGGCCAGGUCAUUGGACGCGCUGAGUUGAUCCCUGGUGCUGAGCAGCAGAAGGCUGAGGGUCCAUUCUUCGGAUUUGACAAUGCCGAGGUUGGAAAGGACGGCGUUGUCCUUGAUGCCGGCCGUAUUAUCGGACGCCUUAUUGAGGGUGACGCCAAGCGCCUACUUGGCCGCAAGGUUGACGAGGAUGGUGAUGUUGUCGACAAGAAUGGCAACACCAUUGGCAAGGCCGAGCGCUGGGAGCCUGAGGAAAAGGCCCGCGAUGUCAACCCUAUGGCUGGUCGCAAGGUCAACAAGGAGGGGGAGGUUCGCGACGCAGAUGGCAACCUCAUCGGAAAGCUAACUUCUGGAAACUUGGCCACCCUUGUGGGCAAGUCCAUUGACGACAACGGUUACGUGGUUGACAACGACGGUAACAAGAUCGGCGAGUGCACCUUGCUGGAAAACAUUCCAGAACCCGAGGAGCCUGAGCCUGAACCCGAAGUUGAGGAAGAAGGCCCAUCGCCCGAGGAGCAGGAAGCACAAGCCAAGGCUGAGCAUGACCGCCAGCUUGCUGAGAAGAUGUGUCACAUCCUUCGACAGACUCUGGAUCAGGUCAAGCCUAUCUGCGAUAUGAUCACUGAGAAAAUUGAAAAGGCCGAUCGUACUCCCAAGGAUGAACUUGAUGAAGAGAAGCUGGUCAAGGACGUCAAGCCUUUGCUUGAGCAGGGAGGCGCAAUCCUCCAAGAGUGUAAUGGUGCUAUUCGCGCCCUUGAUCCCGAUGGUCGCAUCGCUGCCACGGCCAAGGCCCGCGCUUCUUCUCGUGAUGCCACACCCGAGGAGAAUCAGCUGGCUGAUCUGCUCAAGACUCUGACUGAGACUGUCAUUAAGACAAUUGACAACGGCAAGAGGCGGAUUGCUGACAUGCCCCAUGCCAAGAAGAAGCUUAGCCCUCUCUGGGCUCUUCUCUCCGAGCCAUUGUUCCAGAUCAUUGCUGCCGUUGGACUUUUGUUGAAUGGAGUCUUGACACUGGUUGGUCGUCUGCUGGAUGGUCUUGGCUUGGGUGGAUUGUUGAAUGGUAUCCUUGGUGGAUUGGGAUUGGACAAGUUGAUCAACGGCUUGGGGCUAGGUGGACUGACGGAUGCCUUGGGUUUGGGCGGCAAAUGA